CAGUGUUGCAGGGACUGUUCCUGCUCAGCUGUUGCUGUCUGUGACGCUCCCCGUGACCACCCUGCUCAGCUUAGCCUUGCCACCAGUACCCAGUGCCUGCAGUCUUCACACAUGGACCUGUGCCACACCCCCACUGCCCAAGAGAAAGGCUGGUACCUGGCACUGAUGGCCCCCAAUGUCAAGGGUUCCAAAUAUGCUUGGCUGGACCCCUCCCGGCUCUACUGCCACCCGCAAGGCUUGCAGGACUGCCUGUCUGACCUGCUGCAGCCAUUCCAGGGAGACCCCAUUGACAUGGUGGCAGGAAUCGAUGCCAUGGGCUUCAUCCUGGGUGCUGCUGCCGCUGCCAGACUACAGAAAGGCUUCCUGGCCAUCCGCAAAGCUGGGCACCUCUGCGUGCAGACACGGACACAGCCUUACACUGACUACUCUGGUCGAGAGAAGGUGAUGGAGGUCCGCACUGACACCAUCUCACCAGGUCUGCGCAUCCUCCUCGUGGACCAGUGGGUUGAAACGGGGGGCACCAUGCGAGCAGCCAUCCAGCUGGUGGAGCAGCUUGGGGGAGUUGUGGCAGGUGUCGCUGCCAUCUGCAUUGAGGACAGUGAGGGUGGGCGGUGGAUCCAGGAGCACUACAAGUGUGCCCACUGUGUCCCCCCACACCUGCAGUCCCACUUCAACCGCCACCAGCUUGGCUGGGACUGAUGGGGGCACUGACAUCUCACAUGUUCCCUACCUCCCCUCCACAUGGCACAGGACUGCUGGCUCUUCACGGCAGGGAUGUCUGGGACAUGGACCUCCUGGAUUGGCUUCCACCAUACCCAAGAUGAAAGCAGCCAUCCUCCCCUGGCUGCAUCCUCCCACCUGCCCACAAGCAGGGAGGUGGAGCCCAGGGGCAGAGGGAGCUGCAGCCAGCCUCAGUCCCAGUCCCCAGCCUCACACAUUUCUUAAAAAGCAUUAAAAAAAAGGUUUUAUUAAGACAAA